AUGUCCCAAUCACCUCCCAAACACAGCGCGACCCGUAUCUCAUUUCUGUGCACUUGGCACUUCGUCGGCCGCUCGCGCGCACAGGCGCUCAGUCGCGCAUUGGUGCAUGCACCUUCAGUUCCGUCGCUCGUCCUCCGUUUAUCCAUUCCAUGUCCCUUUGGUUCGUCGCAAUCUACAUUCCUCACCUACAACGGACAGAGGGGUGAGGAAGAGGGGUUGGACUUGGAUGCUGAAGAUAGCAAUAUUGAAGCUGAUGUUGACACAGAAGAUGUUCCUAUCAACCCAACUCAACACCCAUGCCAAACUACAAAUUAUUUUGCAAUUGUGAAGGCGCUUCAGCACCAAGAAGUGGGUUCUGUGCCUGUACCACCUCGUUCCUUUGUCGACAAACACACUGCCUUUCACCUUGGAUAUGACCCCUCCAUUUGGAGCAUCACCAUUGAUGAAGUCGCGAUUAAAUUUGGCUUACCAGAUCUACGACCAGCCAUAGCUGAUUUCCUUCAAUGCGAGGCGACUUAUGGACACCAGCAUGUUCAUUCAAUAAGCGGCCCUAGAAGGGCUGGAUCUACUGCUGUCCUCCCAUUCGACAAAGUACAAGUCUGGUUCAAAAUUCGCUUGCAGGAGAUGGAUUUCCACGACACUCACACAAUCAAACCAGCUCAGACACUAAAUUGUGUACCACCAAACAACCCAUGGAUUCUAGGCCGUUAUGAUACAGUCAUUAUUGAGACUAGUGCAGGCUACCCAUGGCCUAGUAGUCGUCUUUUGGGUCAUACAAUCGCGCAGAUUAGACUCAUUAUGCGACCUAUUGGCAAGAGUGGUACACAAUGGUCCUGGAAGAAUCGUUUCCUCACAUAUGUCCAAUGUUUUGAUCUUUCAAAUGAUCGUGAUCCAGCCACAUGGCUUUACACACUGAAGCGAGCGAAGCGCUUGAAUGGAAACCGGAUGGGCAACAUUAUUCUGGUAUCUCAAUUGAGGGCUCCUGUUCAACUCGUCCCUCGCUUUGGCGCUACUGCUGACAAGCGUCUCUCAGCAUAUAACAGUUUGGAGCAUGCUGCUGAGUUUUGGCUGAAUGAAUUUUGGGAUAAAAGCACCUUCUUUGCGCUAUCAGUCUGA